AUGAGCCGACAGACCGGGGAUGAGGACGCCCGAAGCACGUGCCGACAAUGCCCAAGGUUCGUGCCGGCCUGCAGCAAUUUCUCCAUCCAGUACAACUACUCGUCUGCAAGUAUCGCUGCGGCCAUCAUGCUGUCACACAACGACAUCAUCGGAGAUGGAGUCCGCCCAGACUUUCCGCAGCCGUCCUGGGCUUGCAGCCUCUCCAGGUAUGACGCGAGGUUCUGCAGCUCGGCGACCUUUGCCAUGGCGUCUGCUUUCGACGAGGCCGUUUGCGGCUUGGCUUCGCUGGGCGUCAAGAGCUGCAUUAUCAAUGGCAAUGAUAGCCUGGGCCAGCCCCGUUUCGACCUGUUCCACUUCGAGUGGUCAAUCUGCUCUUGGAAGGUGCGGUGUGUGCUUGCCGAGAAACGUGUUCCUUGGACAUCGUGGCAGUUGACGGCACCACUUCACAACAACUACCAUCCUGCCUAUGUCCAGCUGCGCUCUUUGGGAAAUCCGGGGGGGCAUCUCGUUGGCGAGGUUUUCAGCGGGGCCACAGCUGCUUCGAGCCAAGGAUUUGACCCCUUAGCCGUGCCGACUUUGCUUGACCGACAGAAGAAGAAAGUUGUGGUGGACUCGAAGGUGAUUUGUGAAUAUCUCGAGCGUGAACUUCCGGAGCCAAGAUUGAUGCCUAAGGAGUAUGACGAGGUCAUUGCCAAGCAUCUUUCGCUGGUCGACGAGACACCCCACAUGGGCAUGUUUUAUGGCCUGCAUCUCGCAGAGACUCCCCCGGAUCCUGUCGUCAAAAAGUUCGCGGAGCUCACAAAAGGUGCCCAAAAAGGACAGCUGGAGACCAUCGACAAAUACCUCGCGGAUCCAUCCCUGCCUGUUCACCUUCGCCCUCUUUACGAAGCAAAGCGCAAGAAGACCAGCAUGGCUCAGCUGAAAGUUGGCGUGAACUGUACACAGGAGGCCCUUCAUGAAAUGCACGUCACAGUGAAAGGUUUCCUGGCACAGUUAGAAAGCGAUCUGAAACAGUCGGGCGGUCCGUAUAUUUGUGGAAACAUGUUCACCAUGGCGGACCUCGUUUGGUUUACGUCCCUUUUGCGCUUACUGGAGCUGGGUUACGAAGAUUGGUUUUCAAGCCGGGCGCUUCCCUGUGUGCACACGUACGCGGCACGCAUUCUUCGGCGCACCGAACUAGCUCGUGCGACCUACUUGUGGCCCUACAAGCCAGUAAGCGCCAAUGUUCGCAAGCUGAUGUCGGAGACUGCGCCGGUACAGGUUGCACAUGGCCUGCUUGGCGCAGUGUUCAUCGGCUCCGUGGCUGGCAUGCUGACGAUGGGGUAUUUGGGCGAUGUGUUGGGUGUCCGGCCUGCGCUGAUUGUCACCAACGCACUGGCGGCUUUCGGGGCAUUGGCAUCCUCUCUGUUCUCCUGGGGUACACCGGAGACCAUCUGGACGAUGAUUGCAGUGAGCCGCCUCAUAAUGGGCAUCGGCGUUGGUGGUAACUACCCGCUCAGCGCUGCCAAGGCAGGCCAGCCAGGAAAAGGCGCCAGGGAGGUGAGCGCCGUCGACGCGGCCAACAGUGCGGCGAAGGCCUUCUUUUGGCAAGGGCCCGGACAGCUGGCUCCAUAUCUGCUGGCGCUGCCCUUGCUUAGCUUGCCUCCCAGCCAGGGCAUCACCUCUGUGCAGUUCCGGAUUCUGCUUGGCAUCGGGGCUUUGCCUGCAGCCGUGGUGUUGCUGUGUUCUGCCUACGAGGAGGACCUUGACUCUGGAGCUCGGGCAUCAGGCCGAGGCAACCUGGGAGAUGCGCGCAAUUGGCAGCUCCUGAAAGGAACGGCAGGCUGCUGGUUCCUCUUUGACAUCGCUUUCUAUGGCACGGUCAUUUUCUCCCCAGCCAUCCUUCUGAAGGUUUUCGGCAAGACGGAGUCGUUGACGUCCCUGGCCGUGCAUGCUGCUGCCACGAUUUUGGUGACAAUCCUGGGCAAUGGCGCAAGCUUAGCAGCCUUACGUUGGAUUGGGGCCAAAACGCUGAACACCGCCGGCUUCGUUGCCAGCUGCCUGGCUUUCUGUGCAUUCGCUCUGGCGUAUGCAUCAUUCCAUGACAAGCACUGGCUGCAGUUCGUGCUGCUGUGCAUUGUCAACUUCACGCUCUCCAUGAACAACAUCUCCACGUUCAUGCUCCCGGUGUUGGCUUUCCCUCGCAGCGUGCGGUCCACCUUCCAUGGCAUUUCGGCUGCAGCCGCCAAGCUUGGUGCCAUGGUGGGGACCGUCCUCUUUCCUGCGCUCGAAGGUCGCGGCAUCCCUUUCGUGAUGUUUACCCAGGCUUUCGUGUGUGGCAUGGGGGCCUGCUGCAGUCAUUGGUUCUUGGAAGUGGUGGAAGAAGACGUUGAUUGGGAGGAGCAGGUAGAGUUGCAGCUGGUUGAAGCUAUUGGCUUGCCAGAGUCGGCGCAGGAUGCUGCAGCCCGUGAAAUGCAGGUGAGAGGCGGAUGA